CCAGCCCACCAUCGGACAGCUGGCAAGAGCGGAGGCAGAGCCAAGUGCUGGUGGGCGUGGCUGACGUGGAGGCCAACCUGUCAGAGGAGAAGUUGCUGCAGGUGGACAUCGUGGAUGGGGCAAAGCCGCUCCACCCACUCCUCGCUCGUUCGUUUUCCACAAGGACUCGGCGAAGCAGUCAGGUGUCCUCCAUCUUCAACUUUCGUCUGAGAAGCCGGGGGUCGGAGGGGGAGAUGGCUGACGACGAGUACAGUGUCCCAGGUGAUGUGGUGGACAGCGUUGGAGGCCGAACCUACAGCGGCGGGACAUUCAGUGGCAUCGUGCCCAAUCCAUGGCCCAAACGGCGACCGAGCACCUAUAGCACGGCCAGCAGGAGCUCGCAGGUAUUUUACCCAACUUUAAACAUCAAUGGGAAGGUGUUUGUUACCAUGGACCAGAACGGGGUUUCCCCACCACCGAUGCAGGGCCAGCUGCCUGCAUGCACCAUGGAGAAGGUCAAAGAGGAGAGCGUCCCCACAUCCAGCACAGAGCUCAGUACGAUGCUCUUACCUCGGCCGUCGUCCACACAGGGCUCGGAGCGGAGGGGGAGGGCUCUCAGCGCUGCCAGCUAUCUCACUGAUGCCAUGGAAGAACUGGAGGAGUCCCAUAAGAAGUGUCCCCCCUGCUGGUACGUCUUUGCCCACCGGUACCUGGUGUGGGAAUGCUGCCCCACGUGGCUGAAGGUGAAGCAGCUGGUGAAGAUCAUGGUAACAGACCCCUUCCUGGACCUAGCCAUCACUGUCUGCAUCGUCCUCAACACGCUCUUCAUGGCCAUGGAGCACCACCCUAUGACCGCGGAGUUUAACUGCAUGCUCAGCAUUGGCAACCAGGUUUUCUCAGGGAUCUUCACUGCAGAGAUGGUGCUGAAGAUCAUCGCUCUGGACCCGUACUACUAUUUCCAGACGGGCUGGAACAUCUUCGACAGCAUCAUCGUGUCUCUCAGCCUCAUGGAGCUCGGCCUGUCCGACGUUGAGGGACUCAGCGUGCUGCGCUCCUUCAGACUGCUGCGUGUGUUCAAGCUGGCUCGCUCUUGGCCAACCCUCAACACCCUGAUCAAGAUCAUCGGCAACUCCAUGGGUGCACUGGGAAACCUGACACUCGUCCUUGCCAUCAUCGUCUUCAUCUUCGCCGUUGUUGGCAUGCAGCUGUUUGGGAAGAACUACCAGGACUGUGUGUGUAAGAUCUCAAAGGAUUGCACUCUCCCUCGCUGGCACAUGAAGGACUUCUUCCACUCCUUCCUCAUCGUCUUCAGGGUGCUGUGUGGCGAGUGGAUAGAAACCAUGUGGGACUGUAUGGAGGUUGCAGGUCAGCCGCUGUGCAUCCUCGUCUUCAUGCUGGUCAUGGUCAUCGGCAACCUGGUGCUGUUGAACCUCUUCCUGGCGCUGCUGCUGAGCAGCUUCAGCUCUGACAAUCUGUCUGCUCCAGACGACGACGGCGAGAUGAACAACCUGCAUAUUGCCAUCCACAGGAUCACCAGAGGCCUGGCCUGGUGCCGCAGACAGGUGGUGGACUUCUUUAAUGGAAACCUGAAGCGCCGUCGUCAAAAGCGGAAGGAGGCCAAAGCCAUGAUGAAGCUGAAGCGCCUGAGCACCAUUCACACCGAGGCCAACGGGGCUGUCAUAGGUGACACAUGUGACAGCAAUCACAUUAAAAAUAAUCUAUGCCGCCAUGUGGAGAAGUAUGUGGCGCCUGAGGACGACAGCUAUAUGACCAACCCUAACCUGACCAUCAGUGUCCCGAUCGCUCCUGGAGAGUCGGACGUGGAGUUCCCGGAGGAGGAAGAGGAGGAGGAGGAAGAGGAAGAGGUGGAGAUGGAGAUGGAGAUGGAGGAGGGGGAGCAAGAGCAGACCGAGGAGGAGGAGGAGGAGGAAGAGCAGCAGAAAGACGAUAUGAGCCUGUCAGAGGGCAGCACGGUGGACCUGAGGAAGCCUGGGGAGGAAGAGGACGAGUACUCAGAGAUGGCUGAAGAGGCCAUGGAUCCGGACAACUGCUUCCCAGACAUGUGCUUUGCCAGGUUCCAGUGCUGCGACAUCGACACGACCGCAGGACUCGGUCAGAUGUGGUGGAAGAUGAGGAAGACCUGUUACCAGAUUGUAGAGCACAGCUGGUUUGAGUCCUUCAUCAUCUUCAUGAUCCUCCUCAGCUCCGGAGCGCUGGCCUUUGAGGACAUCUACAUUGAGCAGAGGAAGGUGGUCAAGGUGGUGCUGGAGUAUGCAGACAAGAUCUUCACCUACAUCUUCAUCCUGGAGAUGUUGCUCAAGUGGCUCGCCUACGGCUUCAAGAAGUACUUCACCAACUACUGGUGCUGGCUCGACUUCCUCAUAGUCGAUGUCUCGGUGCUGGGUCUGCUGGCUCAGUUCAUCUCUGUGGACCAGAUCGCCACCAUGCGGGUGCUGAGGACGCUGAGGGCGCUCCGUCCUCUCCGGGCCGCAUCCCGCUUUGCUGGUAUCAGGGUCUCACUGGUCAGUUUGGUAGCCAACACACUGGGUUACUCAGACUUAGCAGCCAUCAAAUCCCUGCGGACGCUGCGGGCCCUGCGGCCCCUCAGAGCCCUCUCCAGAUUUGAAGGCAUGAGGGUGGUGGUGAACGCUCUGAUCGGGGCCAUUCCCUCCAUCAUGAACGUGCUGCUGGUCUGUCUCAUCUUCUGGCUCAUCUUCAGCAUUAUGGGUGUCAACCUGUUUGCCGGGAAGUUCGGUCGCUGCGUCAACAACACCGGCCAAAACUACGACGCCUCCUUCAUCAACAACAAGACCGAGUGCGACGCCUACAAUGACUCCUCACUCUACUACUGGACCAAAGUCAAGGUCAACUUUGACAACGUGGGGGCAGGAUACCUGGCUCUGCUGCAAGUGGCCACGUUCAAAGGCUGGAUGGAGAUCAUGUACGCAGCGGUGGACUCCAGAGCUGUCGACCAGCAGCCGAUCAAGGAGACCAAUCUGUACAUGUACCUGUACUUUGUCAUCUUCAUCAUCUUCGGCUCCUUCUUCACCCUCAACCUUUUCAUCGGUGUCAUCAUCGACAAUUUCAACCAGCAGAAACGAAAGUUGGGAGGACAGGACAUCUUCAUGACAGAGGAGCAGAAGAAGUACUACAACGCCAUGAAGAAACUGGGCUCCAAGAAACCUCAGAGGCCCAUCCCCAGACCUCUGAACCCUCUGCAGGGCUUCUUCUUCGACUUGGUGGGCAAGCAGGCGUUCGACAUUAUCAUCAUGGUGCUGAUCCUCCUCAACAUGAUCACCAUGAUGGUGGAGACGGACGAUCAGUCGCCCAGGAUGGAGAAGAUCCUGAACAACAUCAACCUGGGCUUCAUCGUCAUCUUCACCACCGAGUGCCUCGUCAAGAUCGUGGCACUGCGAUGCUACUUCUUCACUGUGGGCUGGAACAUCUUUGACUUUGUGGUGGUCAUCCUCUCCAUCGUUGGUAUCGUGCUCGCUGACAUCAUCGAGAAGUACUUUGUGUCGCCAACUCUCUUCCGAGUGAUUCGACUGGCCCGUAUUGGACGCAUCCUGCGUCUCAUCAGAGGUGCCAAGGGCAUCCGGACAUUGCUGUUCGCCCUCAUGAUGUCACUUCCUGCUCUCUUCAACAUUGGGCUCCUCCUCUUCCUGGUUAUGUUCAUCUACGCCAUCUUCGGCAUGGCUAACUUCGCCUAUGUGAAACGACAAGGGGGGAUUGACGACAUGUUUAAUUUUGAGACGUUUGGGAACAGCAUGAUCUGCUUGUUCCAGAUCACCACCUCUGCUGGAUGGGACAGCCUGCUCAGCCCCAUUCUCAAUAACUCCCCUAAGGAGUGCGACCCCAACAUUCCCCACACUGGCACCACUGUCAGGGGCAACUGUGGAAACCCAUCAGUGGGCAUCACCUUCUUUGUGACUUACAUCAUCAUCUCCUUCCUCAUCGUGGUAAACAUGUACAUUGCCAUCAUCCUGGAGAACUUCAGCGUGGCAACGGAGGAGAGCACUGAGCCACUGAGCGAGGAUGACUUUGAGAUGUUCUACGAGGUCUGGGAGAAGUUUGACCCGGAGGCCACGCAGUUCAUCGAGUACGCCAAGUUGUCCGACUUUGCCGACUCACUGUCGGAGCCGCUGCGCAUUGCCAAGCCUAACAAGGUAAAACUGAUCUCCAUGGACCUGCCCAUGGUCAGUGGGGACAAGAUCCACUGCUUGGACAUUCUCUUUGCCUUCACCAAGCGUGUUCUGGGAGAGUCGGAUGAGAUGGACGCCCUCAAGCAGCAGAUGGAGGAGAAGUUCAUGAUGGCCAAUCCGUCCAAGAUCUCCUAUGAGCCAAUCACAACAACUCUGAGGCGGAAACAGGAAGAAGUUUCUGCCACAGUGAUUCAGAGGUGUUACCGCAGGCACCUGGUAAGGCGACAGAUGAAGGCUGCCUCCUACUUGUACCGCCAGAUCACCUCGCCAGGGCAUGCAGGAGGCGAUGGCCAGGAACAUGGCGAGAUAGUGUUCGGGGAUGAUGCACCUGAGAAAGAAGGGCUAAUUGCUGCGAUGAUGAGAGAAAACUACGGCUCAAGUUUGUUAGUUACAGAGCGUUCAGAGAUGAUUUCCUCCGCGUCCUCACCGCCAUCAUACGACAGCGUGACACGGACCACAUUGGAGCUCUUUCACCCACUCGCUGCCAAGACAGAAGCUAUCAUCGAUGACACUGCUGGCAGCAAAUCAAGCAAACAAUCACAGCCAGUGUUUGACACUGACAAAGAACAGGAAACAGUACCAUAGCGGGAACCAAAAAGCAAAAAAAAAAGGCUACUUGUGGGUUAAGCCUGUUUGUUCUUCUGUUUACUGAACAUACCCUAGCCGAGGAACGCUGAGGGCAUCAGAGAGAAGCUAUGGGAGUCAAGUAAAGAAGCAAACAAAGCUGAAUAUUUACUACCUUUAAUGUUAUUUCCAGUUCCCUGUGGAGACUCGUGGACUGGACAACGCUGUUGGAGUUUAUUACAGAGAAGCAGAUCAACUACAAAGACAGCGAGGGAAACCCCGUCUGUAAAGAUAGAAGCACAGAGGAGACCCGCCUCUGGAUUCCUUUGACCUCUUGGGCCUCUCAUGUUGACGAGCCAAGAGUUUGAAACACUGACUGACCCCUGGCUUCAGAUACGGGGGGUCAGGGAAACUAUAUCAAAGAUGUAAACAUCAUUUAUUGGCCUGGGGGGGGGUUGGUGCCUUCCCACUGUUGAUCAAUGCUUUUAGAGUACACAUGGCUGUAAGAGUGAUGGCAUUCCCAAUGGCGUUUCGACCGCUAACUUUCAGUAGUCAGAAUCGAUGGCUCUCUGACAGAUUGAGACUUGAGCGAGGAGGGAAAACAAUGACGUCAUUUUAAAAAUGUUUUCAUAGUAAAAGUAUAACUUUAUUGAUGUUACCAGUCUUUUAAUAGCGGUACGAUUAUUACUAUUUUUUUAUAUUUUUUAGAGUAAGAUGAGGGGAAAAAAUAAGCAAUCUCUCUCUUUCAACUUUGGAGCGGGACUAGUUGUUAAAAAGGGGCUGAAUCACCACAUUGUAAUAGAUGAGAGGAGAGAGUGGUCAAGAAAAAUCACCUUGAAAACCUGAAAAGCAACUUCAUCUGUUUUCAUUGAUAGUUUUGCACUUUGAGUUUAAAUGUGCUGUCACUUUACCACACCUGUGCAAAGUCGCACUGAAGAAGGGCCUGGGAUGGACACUUUUAUCGCUCUUCCUCUGACAGCCUUCGAGAUCACACCAAAAACUGAUUCAAGUGCACAAGGAGGUUAUUUACACUGUCCUGAACUCUUCCAGCAUGUGUUUUCUGGUGGUGAGCAUGCUCAUGUCCACCAGUUCUCUGGCCAGUGGGUGAUUUAUCAUAAAGUCCAGAAUUAAAGUCAAAUGUCCAGCUUCUGUUUGCUUUGCAAACAAACACAAAGACCUAGAGUCCUGCUGUUCCUACACUGCAUGAGGAGAAAACUUGAGGUUGCUUCUCAAGGCUGGUAAUUGAUUGAAGACCUACACUUUGGCAAGUGUGCCAAUGUUAUGUCAAACAUUGAGGUAAAUCAAACGAAUCUCUGAAAAAAACCUAAUUAGUUCAAAAACUGGAAAAAAGUUCAUCAGUUUAUCAAAUGAAUUUAUUUUUAUUCUCAACUGGAAAUCCAAACUGAAAGAACUGUUCCAAAGAAUCUGGUCAUAUCAUCAUCAUCAUCAGAAGGCAAAAACACCUUGGUUUAGAGCUACGUAAAUGCUGUUUAGUGUGGUUCAAGUACCAGACUGCUGCUUUGAAACAAGCUUGUCAAAGAUCUAAAUAAUAUAAACUCAUGAAAAAGGUUCAGUGUGCAACAAACCACCAGUGUUUGCACUUUACCCACAGUUUACCAGUAGUACAGAGAUGUAUCUGUGCAGGACUCUUGUGCUCUAGUUGGCUUUUUCCAUGCCAUGAAUCGAGCUCUUACUCUGUCGGGGGAUUUAGCAUUGCCCUUCAAACUACUCAUUGUCGACUCUUUUGACAAAUCACCCACUGCCUUUAAUUCCCCGUCUGGUCUGAGUCUGGCUCAGCACUCACGAGAUCUUAAACCAGAUUCUUGAAACUAAACGGGAUUAAGAUCUGUGUGGUGUCGACUCGCCCUGACCGGAGUGCGACAAUCAGUUCAGCACAUCGCCACCAGGAUUUCACCCCGUUUGGUUUCGUUAAAGGAUUGCACACAUUUUUGUGGUUCUGUAUUUGAUCCAUCGUCAGUGUCCUGGAAAAACCUUGUCUUCAAGCCACAGAAUUGUGAGCAGAAGGUAAAUGUCGCAGCAGACACUGAAACCCUUGGUCUUGGCUGAUAGGUCGGGUCGUUUCCCCUAUUUCAGUCUAUCAGUUCAUUUUUCAGAUUGUUGCAAGAAACCAGUGACAUGUUGCAGAUCAGGUCUACAGACAGAGCACUUUGCCCAGUUAAAGAUCAGGCUGUAUGUUUUUAUUUACUGUCAACAAAUCCAUGAUACAACCAAACAACGUUAGUCCAUCCCUCAAGACCUUUUGACUUUCUUAUCCAGUGGUUC